GAUACAUUCGAUUCGGUUUAUUUGCCGAAUUGCUAAUCAUGAACUGAGAGGUCACAAAUGGUAAAUUGCGAACCUAAACAAUUGGCGUGUAUUCAUUCAUUUCCCGCGUAAAUCCUCCACCUUCUUCUUCGCCGGCGUUAAUGGAAUCGCCGACACAGACGUCUGAGCACAUAGAAUCCAUGACGGAGUUUCUAGUAAAGCACUACCCCGAUCAGCUCCGCGAAAUCUCUCUCUCUUCUGAUCCCAAACUUCACUACCCUCUCUUCAUCGAGUACGCAGAACUCGUUGACGAUAAUCCGUCUCUAGCGCGUCAAGUUUUCUCAGAUCCCGAACACUAUCUUCGGCAAUUCGACGAUUCAGCCAUUCUAGCUCACAAAAUUGCUUUGGAGCAUAUGAAGAAAUUUGAGGAGAAGAUUGGAAUUGAGAAGAGAUUUAUACAUGUUCGUAUAAACACUAGUGGAUCUCCUCUAGAACGAAGCCCUGAGACAUUCCCGAGUAUUGGCCGGGUUAGAGUAAAGCACCGCGGGAUUCUGAUGAUGUUGAAAGGCACGGUGAUUCGAUCCGGGGCUGUGAAAAUGUAUGAGGGAGAAAAGAUGUAUCGAUGUCGAAAAUGCAAGCACAUGUUUCCUAUUUUCCCUGAGUUAGAAUCAAUCAACUCUAUUGUGAAACCGCCUUUUUGUCCUUCUCAGCGGUCAAAAGCUUGUGAGGGCACAAACUUUGAUCCUGUAGAUGAUACAGUAACACGCCAUGAUUAUCAAGAAAUCAAAAUCCAAGAAAAUACUCAGGUUUUAGGUGUUGGUGUUAUCCCAAGGUCCAUUCUAGUCGUCCUGAAAGAUGACCUUGUUGACAAUGUUAAAGCUGGAGAUGAUGUUGUUGUCUCUGGAAUCUUGACUUCAAAAUGGUCUCAUGACUUGAAAGAUGUUCGUUGCGACCUUGAACCUAUGUUGAUUGCCAAUCAUGUCAGAAGAACUAAUGAGCUGAAAUCAGAAAUCGAUAUAUCUGAUGAUUUGAUCGAGAAGUUCAAGAACUUUUGGAGCCACUUCAGAGAUACCCCUUUGAAAGGGAGAAAUGCUAUCUUACGAGGUAUCUGCCCCCAAGUCUUUGGACUCUUCACUGUUAAACUUGCAGUUGCUUUGACACUUAUUGGAGGUGUGCAACAUGUUGAUGCUUCUGGUACAAAAGUACGGGGAGAAUCUCACUUGCUUCUUAUUGGUGAUCCAGGCACUGGAAAAUCGCAGUUCUUGAAGUUUGCUGCAAAACUAAGCAACAGAGCUGUAAUCACAACGGGACUAGGAAGCACAAGUGCUGGAUUGACUGUAACUGCAGUGAAGGAUGGAGGAGAGUGGAUGUUGGAAGCUGGGGCUCUUGUUCUUGCAGAUGGUGGACUUUGCUGCAUUGAUGAAUUUGAUAGCAUGAGAGAGCAUGACCGAGCAACCAUACAUGAAGCAAUGGAGCAACAAAGUAUAAGCGUUGCCAAGGCUGGCCUAGUAACAACUCUUAGCACAAAGACAAUCGUCUUCGGUGCAACCAAUCCUAAAGGACAAUAUGAUCCCGAUCAGUCUCUUUCUGUCAAUACUGCACUUUCCGGUCCCUUGUUGAGCAGGUUUGACAUUGUACUUGUUCUCUUAGAUACAAAAAAUCCUGAAUGGGAUGCAGUUGUAUCUUCUCACAUCCUUGCCGAGGUGCAAAUAGAGCAAGACAGAGAGGUCGAUGAUCUGACAACUAUUUGGCCACUACCGAUGCUUCAAAGAUACAUUCAGUUUGUGAAAAAAAACUUCAGACCUGUCCUAUCAAAGGAAGCAGAAGAAAUAAUUUCAAGUUAUUAUCGACUCCAAAGAAGAUCUUCAACUCAUAAUGCAGCAAGAACAACCGUGCGGAUGUUGGAAAGCUUAAUCCGUUUGGCUCAAGCUCAUGCAAGGCUUAUGUUCAGAAAUGAGGUCACGCGAUUAGAUGCCAUAACAGCUAUCUUGUGCAUUGAAUCAUCGAUGACUAUUUCAGCCAUAGUAGACAGUAUGGGGAAUGCGCUACACUCAAAUUUCUCCGAAGAACCAGAUCAGGAAUGUAUCCUUUUUCGGCAUUAACUAACUUUUGUUCCUAUAUAUGUCCAAAGUCCGCCUUUCGUUACUUAGGAGUCAUCUUCUGGAGCAUUGCGGCUUGAAGUUUUUGUAUCUUUUCCCCUAACAUAAAGAAACAAACAGACGCGAAGCAAGAGAGAUCAUCCUUGGAAAGCUAAGAGGCGACGACAUCUAUUAGUGUGUGGCUGCGAUGAGUAGUGACCCCACAGAAAAGAGAUAAGUUUGCAAUAAUCUCCCUCACGUUUCUCAUGCAAGUUUUCCUUUGUAUAAAGUGCAUUAUGUGUGAUUCUGCAGUGGAUAUGGCUCGUGUGGUUCCUUUAGAGUAUAUCUAGAGAGCAAACUUACCUUAAAAAGAUGUAUGUAUUCCAUCUCCAUGUCCAAUUCAAUCAAAUAGGUAAAGAAAACACAGAUUUUCUUAUCUUUCGACGGAUGAUAUCAACCGCUUUCCAUAACAUUCCACUUGCCAUUGCAAUACAUUGUUGAACCAAGAACGCAUUUUGAAAACGUAUGUGUAAGUACUUCUUAAGAACUUUUAGUUGACUAUGGAAUUUUUGCAAGGUAGC